AUGUUAUGUAAUGAAUAUGGACGAUUAGAUAAUUGUAAUGAUAUUAAAACUGCUUUAUUAGAGUAUGGAUACAAAGACGUUUUCACUGAACUUGUUACUUUAAAAAAUUACAACAAUAUUUUAGAUUCAAUAGAGAAAAUUUAUUUUAAUAAAUCCAAUCAAUUGUGGAAUUCAUUAAAUUCGAAAAAAUCAAUCGAAAGCAAUGUUGAAUAUGCUCGUUUAAAUAGUUGUUUAGGUUGUUUAGAAGAUAAUCAUCAAUUAGCUGAAGAACAUUUCUUAAAAGCUUUGCAAAUUUAUGAAAAUUCGUCAGAAAAUCAAAAUCAUGAUUAUUAUGUUUCACAAGUUUCAGAAUAUUUAGCCGAAAGAUAUUUUUAUCAAGGUCAAUUCGAAAAUGCUUUGACAUUUCUUUGUAAAACAAUUCAUUUAAGACAAAAAUAUCUUUCAACACUUGAUGAACAAAUUUCUUUAUUAAAAUCUUGA